CGUCUACAUUUUGUAACAUAGCAAGAAAUCCCAAGAUGUCGUCAGGUAGCAUUGAGCCAAAGGAUGAGUCGCACCAUGUUGACGUUGAUCAUGCCGAGAUCUUGAAAAACACAGAUCUCAUGAAUGAUGCCUUUGAUGGCGAGAACCGCGAGCAUGAAAUGGGAGUAUGGGAAAGUGUCAAGACCCAUCCCUGGGCUUGCUUCUGGGCGUUCACUAUGUGCUUUACUAUUGUCAUGGAGUCAUUUGACAUGUUUCUCAACAGCAACUUUGUCGCGCUUUCUGCAUUCCAAAAGAAAUACGGUGUUCCUACUGGUCCAAAUGAAUAUACCAUCCCAACCAGAUGGCAGAGUGCCCUCUUCCAAGCUGGUCAAUGCGGUGCUUUCGUCGGUGUCUUUUUGGCCGGGCCCAUCACCAACCGUAUUGGCUAUCGCUGGACUACCAUCUUGGCCCUGAUUCUUAUGAACGCCACCAUUUUCAUUUCCUUCUUUGCUGACUCCCUCGCCGUCCUUGUGAUCGGACAAGCGUUUGAAGGUGUCCCCUGGGGACUUUUCAUUGCGAACUCCCCCGCCUAUGCCAGUGAGGUUGUUCCUCUCGCUCUUCGUGGUGCCUGUACGGCUACGCUACAAAUGAGCUGGUCCAUCGGUUCAAUCAUUGUCGCCGCCGCUUCCCUGGGCUACAAUAAUCGAAUGGAUCAGUGGGCUUGGCGAGCACCACUUGCCUUGCAGUGGAUCUUCCCCACCCCUCUCCUAAUUCUCGUUUUCCUUGCACCCGAAUCUCCCUGGUGGCUUAUUCGUCAUGGACGCAAGGAGGAGGCCCUUCACUCUAUCAAGCGACUGGGUAGUAAAUCACAGAAUGCUCAGCAGUCACUUGCUAUGAUUGAGCGAACUGUUGAGAUUGAAGCUCAAAUGGGCAGUGCCCCUACCCUCUUCGAUCUUGUUAAGGGUACCGAUUUAAGGCGAACAAUUAUCACCUGCUUGAUGUACGCAUCACAAAAUUUUGCGGGUAACUUGAUUGCCAACCAGGCAACCUACUUCUUCGAGCAAGCUGGGAUCCCGCACAGCCGCGCUUUCCAACUCAAUCUAAUCAACUCAUGUCUUCAGUUUGUCGCCAACGCAGGCUCUUGGUUUCUGAGUGCCUGGUUCGGUCGUCGAACCAUAUAUCUCUGGGGCACAGCUACCAACAUCACUCUUCUCUUUAUUCUAGGCAUCAUUGCCUCUGUCCCCCAGAACCACCAGACUAACUACGCUCAGGCAUGUCUAGGCGUUAUCAUCUCGUUUGUUUUUGCCGGAGCUAUGGGUCCAAUCUCAUACACCGUCAUUUCCGAGACGUCCUCGGUCCGUCUGCGCUCCCUGAGUACCGCAGUUGGUCGAGCCGCCUACUAUAUCGCGGAGAUUCCCAUGAUCUAUCUAGCUUCAAAGAUGCUUAACACAACAGGAUGGAACCUCGCAGGCAAGUGUGGCUACGUUUGGGGAGGCACUGCUUGUGUCUGCUGGGUGAUGGCCUACUUCUUUCUUCCGGAGCUUAAAGACCGCUCGUACCGCGAAAGCGACAUUUUGUUCAAUCGCAAGGUUCCUGCCAGGAAGUUCAAGUCCACCGUUAUUGACGUUAGGGAUAACGAAUAAGGUAUGGUGAUUGACAAGAGGGAUGGAACAAUUUGUCAGGUUUUGUAGUAUAAUAGCUGAGAAUAUAUAUUUUCGAAGAUUAUUUAGCUUGUUGCCAAUUGGUUCACUAUGCAUUACAGG